CUGCUGAAAUGGUAUGUGUAGACCGGUCAAGAUAAUAGAAAGACAGCCUAACACGACUGUUUGUUCGUUCAGCUCAAUAAAGAGUAAUGAACAUUAUGUUUUUCUGUGGUUGCGUUGCAGCUUGCUCAGAUACAGGGGAAGCGCCCCAAUGACAGGAUAUAAAAUAUCACAAAAGCACGUGUAACUCAAAAGAAACGGUUAUUCGGGCAGUAUACGAAAACAAAACAUUAAAAAGAACGGAUAUAAGUUACUGGCACGAAGACAUCAACAAAUCACCAAAUCCAAAAACAAAUGAAGAAAAUAAAAAUAACCCCACUUAAUCACCACCACCAAAAAAUAUACAUUUUCAAAGUAAUAUGGUCGUUCCCUUAAAAAAAUAGAUAUUUACAUAAAAGAUUCUACGACUUUAUAUAAUAAAUGUAUAUGAUUAUUUUUGAUUUUUUUUGUAGAUAUGCAAAGAAUCUUUGUAAUGAAACCAUUCGCCAAACCAGUCGAUUUUCGAGAAAAAUGCAGUGGCAGAAGGAGGGUAAACUGACCAUACCUGAGUUUAAGGGAUUCCUUGCCGUUUUUUAUAACAUGGGCUUAAUUAGGAAAGUAUCAUUUGAAGAAUAUUGGAAUAAGCACAGUCCAUCUCAGUCUACACCCUGGUUCCGUUGUAUGUUCAGUCGAAACCGAUUCCAAAACAUCUUAAAAUUUUUGCACCUAGUGGACACCAAAAAACUCCCUAAGCGUAAUGAUCCAGCUUACAAACCAUCUCAAAGGUUCAAACCGUUACUUGAUUUCGUUAACAGGAAAUUUUUACGGUAUUAUAAUCCCCGCAGAGAACUUGCUGUAGAUGAAUCCCUUGUUGGUACAAAAGGAAAGACAAGUAUGUUACAGUAUAUACCAAGUAAACGUUCAAGGUUUGGCGUUAAAUUCUGGAUGUUGGUCGAGUCCGUCACCGGGUAUGUUUUACAGAUGGAUGUAUAUCACGGGAAACGUUUCGAUCCCACUCCUGCUGGAACAUUACAAGGAACAAAUGUAGUAAUAAAUUUAAUGAAGAAUUCGCAUCUUCUUGGGAAAGGCUUUCAUGUUUUCGCCGAUAGCUUUUUUGCUUCACUUAAUUUAGCUAACAAAUUAUUGAGAGAGCGUACGUAUCUCACAGGCACAAUGAGAACUAAUAGACCUAUGCCACAGAUGAUAAAAAAUGCACGUCCGCAGGCAGGGAAUGCUGUUUACGCUAGACAAAGACAAAUCAUGCUUUGCCGUUUCCGCGACCACAACAGAAAAAAACCCGUCACAUUGGUGUCUACUUACUACAAUGCUAUUGAUACACUAAACGGUAAACCUAGGAUCAUAGGCGCGUAUAAUACAUUUAUGGGCGGUGUCGACCUUAGCGACCAAUUGAUUGGCGCAUAUAAUGAUCACAGGAAAUGCAGUAAAGUAUGGAAAAAAAUUAUAUAUCACAUAUUUCACCGCAUUAUGUUAAACGCGUAUAUUCUAUACAGUCAUAACACCUCAUUACCGGUUAUGUCCCGACUUCAGUUCAACCAAUCUGUAAUAGAAAGUUUAGCGUCCGCUCAUUUGACACACAGACAUGGUAACGUGAAUCGGCAAGCAAGAGUGAAAAAACUUGACGGUCGAAAAGAACGAGAUUGUGUCGUUUGUUCCGACAGAAAGCGAAAUAUAAGAAAAAGAUCAAGAACCUCUUGUGUGCACUGUACCAGAGGACUACAUGCAGCUUGCCUUCAGAGGCACGAAUGUUAAUCAGAAAUACAUUGUUAAUAUUGUAUUAUAUAAUUACAU